UCUUUUGACAACAAACAGACAAUAUCUGAGCAUUUGGUACCACAGGUAGUUGUUGUAAUUAGACCAGCUCAGUUUGAUUUCAAUUAUUAUAACCUGAAAUAUUUGAAAUAGACUGAAUAUCUGGUUUAAGUUUUUAACAGAAAGGUAGUAAAAUAAUAUGGUGAUAGCCAUGUGAGAACCAUUAGAAAAUCAUAAAAUCCAAAUUACACCAAUUCGUGACCAUACUUUCAUCAAAUUCCAUAAUGGAGAUGUCUAAUUCCAAACUGUCACAUUCUCUUUAAUUUUUAAUUUUAUCAAUUUUAUUAUAGAAAAGAUGCAUCCUAUAGAAGCAACAACUGCUGCAAUUGUGAAUAGUUAUCCUGUGAAAUACCAGAGGAAGAAAAGAUUCCCAGAUCGAGACCAGCAUCGGUUAGAGCAUGAUGAGAUGGCUCCUGAUAUAAAUAACCCAUAUAAAAUAAAAUCAAGCUAUCAAAUUUUGCAUUCUGACUUAUUCUCUGAUGAGAAGAGAGGGGAGAAGGCUCGAAACCUAAAAUAAUAUCCAGAAAACUAACCCUCAGGUGUUACCACCAGCUGGGAAGAAUUUCUAUGAUUUUAAUAAUAGAGAUAAAUUUAUUGAUGCUCAAAAGUUAGGGUCAAUGAAUUUGGAUUCACCUUCUGCAGAUUACUACAAUAAUUCCAAAUUUAUUCAAUACAAACUUACACAGAACAAGAAGAAGACUGGCAAGAGAAUGUUUAAUAAGAAUUCCUCGUUUAACCAGAACAUGAAUUCUCCCAUAUUGUUUGAUAGCCCUUCCAAUGCAGUUAUGAAAUAUCGUCAAGAGAAUGGAUCAGAGAACCAUCUGAAUAGCCAAAGCAUGUUUGAUAGGAAUAAAUUAAGCCAGAAGCCUCCAAGGAAUCCUAUGAGACAUAUUAGAAAUAACAUUGAACCUCCUAGAGAUCCUGCAACUUUUAAUAAUUGUGAAAACCCCAUAGAGAGAUCAAGAAAUAACGAGAAUCGAGGCUCCAGUAUGAGCAGAUUAGGUGGACAAAACUAUAAUAAUAUGAUUAUGAAUACUGCACCAGCUGUUCAGGAAGAUCUAGAAAACCAAAGUUAUCAUUCAUAUUAUGAAAAAUAAUGAGGAUCAGAACAUUCAAAGUGCCAAUAAUGGCAAUUAUCAACAAAUGCCAAUAAUUGAUGAUCAUAAUCACAAUAACUUAUCAGUACAGAGAAAACUAGCUUCGCUUACUCCUCAAAGACACAGAAGAGAGCCUCUAGAGCUAUACAAUUCCGGAGGAAAUAAGGCUAAUUUUAAUCAAACAUUGGAUCGGAAUCAGAAUGAACUUCAAGAGAACACUAAAGUCAAAGUUCCAGUUCUGAACAUCCAACCUCGAUCUCAGAGCCAAGGUGGUCUUGGGCAAUUGUAUAAUAAGAGUAAUCCGAUUGCACAUUUUGAAGAAAACAGCCAAAACCUUCGCAGAAGUGGUAACUUGUGGCAACACCAAGUUGAAGCAAAGGAGCUCCAAAGAAGAAGACAACAGAUGUUUCUUCAGGGCCUAAACGAGCAGAGAAAGCAAGAAAAACAGAGAAGGUUAAUAGACCAAAAAUAUGAGUCAAUAGCAAACGAAAAGAUAGAGUUUGAUAAAAAUAAUAAAAUUAUUAAAGAGAAUCGUGACAGAGAGGCCUUCCGAAGGAUAUUUGAGGAAGCCUCACAUCAAAACGACCUUAGAGUCAACCACUAUUUAAACAAUUAUUACAUGCCUGAAAAGGAGAAGGAAAUCAGGAAUAAUAUCGCCUCUACUAAGGCGAGUAGUGGGUCAGGGAAGAGAAAGAUACGAAUAAUGAAGAAAAAGUAUAAACAUCCUAAGACUAUUGAUGGUGUUGAUAGAACUAAUCAAGAUAUGAAUGAUGAGAAUCGAAUGAAUGAAGACCUCUAUCAACCUCAUUAUCAAUAAUUUCCUAUCAUUAAAUUAUAUUUUUGGCAUCA